GCCAUGUCGCGGGGCGCUGGGAAGCGCUUGGACCUUCCUCCUGAAACAGCCGCGGGUGGGCUGAGGCGCUUGGAGCGUCGGCACUUGCAGGGGUUGUCAGGGCAGGGGCCAGGCGUUGCUCGAGGAGCUGUCAGAGCAGUCAGAGAUACUUGUUUUCCUCCGUGGGAAGAAGUGUUAGUGCAAAUCCAGACUAAUAGGAAACGCUGUGUUUCUCAUGCUUCUGUGAAAGUGCUUCAGACUGAACUGUUUGUUCGCCUUGAAUUCUCAAGUGCAGGAAAUGCGCGAAUCGAGUUGCUUUUGCAUGAAGAGCUUGACUGUGCAACCCUUGUUUACACACUGGUCAUCCUGGAAUCGGUAGACUACUUUUGUCUUCAGUCCAAUAUCUGGUUACAUUGAGGAAUAGUAAGACCUACACAACACAUGCAAUGUGGAUGCUGGCUGCAUAGAGUUGCAGAUUGAAAUACCAUGGAAAGAAGAUAGUUUGGAUGAUGUGUUUUGCCAGCAUAUCUCUGCAAUUUCAGCUUUAACAAUGGACAAGUGUAAGCACAUAGGGCGCUUGCGGCUGGCCCAGGAUCACUCCAUCCUGAACCCUCAGAAGUGGCACUGCGUGGACUGCAACACCACAGAGUCGGUGUGGGCGUGCCUCAGCUGCUCCCACGUGGCGUGUGGAAGGUACAUCGAAGAACAUGCACUAAAGCACUUUCAGGAGAGCAGUCACCCAGUGGCAUUGGAAGUAAACGAGCUGUACGUGUUCUGUUACCUGUGCGACGAUUACGUCCUUAACGAUAACGCAACUGGGGAUUUGAAACUGUUGCGAAGUACAUUGAGUGCAAUCAAGAGCCAAAACUAUGAGUGCACGACUCGAAGCGGGAGGACUUUGCGUUCGAUGGGUACCAGUGAUGAUUCGUACCUUGCGCACGGCGGUGCCCAAGCCUUGCUUCGGAACGAAGAUCGCAUGUUCACAGCUCUCUGGCACCGACGGCGCGCCUUCCUGGGCAAAAUAUUCAGAGCGUGGCUUGAGUUGACACCUACCGGGAAAAAGAUUUUGGAAGAGGAAAGGCUUCAGGAAGAAGCGGAGGAAAGAAGGGAGAGAGCUAGGAAGAGGAGGGAAGAACGAAAGCGUGAGUUGAAAGCAGAGAUGGAAAAGAUGCCUCCAAGAAAGAGUAGUCGUUUACAAAAUCAGAUUAGAAUGUCCUCAGAAGCAGCACCCUGCCCACAAAGAACAUCACAGGACAUGGAAUCUGCGGCAGAGUUGGAAAAAACCUAUACCUCAGAUGAAGUAAGAUUGAAAAAAAUAAGUGACUCUCCGGUUAAGCGAAGGCCCACGGUGACUCCUGGGGUAACGGGACUGAGGAACCUGGGAAAUACGUGCUACAUGAAUUCUAUCCUGCAGGUAUUAAGUCACUUACUUAUUUUUCGAGAAUGCUUUUUAAAGCUUGAUCUCAACCAAACUCAGGAACUACUGGCAACAGCAACCAGUGGCAAAACCAGAUCUUCAUCUAAACACCUGGCAAUAGCUGCCUCAACAUUACAUGUGACCGAGAACCAAGAGAAAGUAAAGGGAUCAUCUUCUGCAAGGCGGCCGAGUUUGUCCUCUGGAUUAAGUGGAGGAGCAUCAAAAAGUAGAAAUAUGGAACUUAUUCAGCCCAGGGAGCCAAGUUCAAAGCAUAUUUCUCUCUGUCAUGAGCUGCAUACUCUGUUCCAAGUUAUGUGGUCUGGCAAAUGGGCGCUGGUGUCUCCUUUUGCCAUGCUUCAUUCUGUGUGGAGACUAAUUCCAGCCUUCAGAGGAUAUGCACAACAAGAUGCUCAGGAAUUCCUCUGUGAACUUUUGGAUAAAGUGCAGCAGGAGCUGGAGACUACAGGGACCAGAUACCCAGCUCUUAUCCCUGCUUCUCAAAGAAAACUUAUAAAACAGGUUUUGAAUGUGGUUAACAACAUUUUUCAUGGACAGCUGCUAAGUCAGGUUACAUGUCUUGCCUGCGACAAUAAAUCAAAUACCAUAGAACCUUUCUGGGACCUAUCCCUGGAGUUUCCUGAGAGGUAUCACUGCAACGGCAAGGAGAUGUCGUCCCAGUAUCCGUGUCUGCUGACAGAAAUGCUGGCCAAGUUUACAGAAACUGAAGCUUUGGAAGGAAAGAUUUAUGCAUGUGAUCAGUGCAACACAAAACGAAGGAAGUUUUCUUCUAAACCAGUUAUACUCACAGAAGCUCAGAAGCAGCUUAUGGUGUGUCGACUACCUCAGGUUCUCAGAUUACACCUUAAACGGUUUAGAGGAGUAAGUUUUCCUGUGACUGCACUUGGCAGGUGGUCAGGACGCAACCACCGCGAGAAGAUCGGUGUGCACGUGAGCUUUGGGCAGAUGCUCAACAUGGAGCCUUAUUGCUGCAGGGAGUCCCUCAAGUCCCUCCUCCCUGACUGCUUUAUCUACGACUUGUCUGCUGUGGUGAUGCACCACGGGAAAGGAUUUGGCUCAGGGCACUACACUGCCUACUGCUACAAUUCAGAAGGAGGAUUUUGGGUACACUGCAAUGACUCGAAACUCAACAUGUGCACUAUGGAAGAAGUAUGCAAGGCUCAAGCCUACAUUUUGUUUUACAGCCAACGACUUACUCAGGCAAAUGGACGUGGUAAAGCACCAUGUCCUGGCACAAGCGACAGUCAGCAGCACACAGAAUGGCCUGACUGUUCCACAGGCAGCAGCAGCUAAUCCAAAGCCAGUUAACUCUGUGUAUGGUCAAAGUGUGAAUUGUCCUAACUAUAUAUUUUUAAAUGAAAGUACAGCAUUGUACUUUUUUUUUUACUUUGGAUCCGUGUACAGCGUUUCUAUACUUUUGUAUUAGUUCAAGUACUCUCUAGAGUUGUUAGCAAAAGUUUUUAUUGACAGUAAGUGACUUUUUGGAAGUGCUUAGAAUUUCAACACAGCUAUUUUUUUAAGGAAAAAAAAAGAUUGCUAUUUGCAUUUAUCUCUUACCUCAGGCUCGUUUUUUGAAGCUGGUUUUGUAUUUUGAUAAUCUUGUUGAAUUGGUUUAGAAAAAACUACUUUCAAUGAGCAACUGAUGUUUUCUCUGGUAAAUUUUCUAUAUAUGCUUGUGUACAUUUCAUAGUCUAGUUGUAAUGACGUGAUUCUUACUGUCUGCAGGAAUUGCUACCACUAGGUCUUAGGAUAUUAUUAUUCACUAGCAAGGAAUGUUUUACAUCUCAAACAGUAACUGAACUCUUCAUAAGAAACUUUCUGUAUAUUCUUCAUGGCUGAAGUUGAAAUAUUUUUCAGGCCUCAAGGGAACUACUCUAAAAAGACACUGAUAAAACCUCUUAAAAUCGGGGAGAGCAUGUGCUUAUUUUUACAUCAAUACGUAAGAAGAGCAUUUAAUAGCACAAGAAUGUACUUUACCAAGACUUUACUGUUUUAGCCUUAAGAAGCCUGACAAGUGCCAAAUCCAGAGUCCUAACUUUGACAACCAGGGCAUUUUUAUUCCAGUAACUUAAAAAAGCUUUCCUCCUAAAAAACCCAAACAACAGAGCCCCACUGUCAUUGCUACAAAAACAUGAGCAUCCUCUUUCUCUUACAUUGCCUUAAAUUGUAGCGAGCGCUGUGUUGUUUCAGUAACCUCUGACACAAACCACUGAAAGGAAGCUAUAAAACGUAUCUGAAAGCAGUUACAGUCUGAGUGGUUUCCUUAGCUCCGACUGCUGUACCUUCACCACGGUUCUACCACCAGCACUAACUGAACUGGGCACGGAGGAGACUCUGACAAGUGGGAAUUACCAAUCCUUCUCCACAUACAGGAGUUAAUGCCGAGGAAGUUUUGUCAAGUUAUUUUGCAUAAGUCCUAUGCAAAUCGUUACCUCAUCUUCUGCAAAGUUGAUACCUCAAUAAAAUGCCUUGAUGUGGACAGAAA